AUGACAGGACUGAACGCUUUAAAAGUGGAUGCUAAUGUAGUAGUUCUUGGGACAGACAGGGUUGGUAAAUCUGGUAAGACCAAAUCUCUAAUUAUUCUAAUUAUUUAUAAUUUGUGCAUUGUAUUCGAACGUCUACAGUGAUCAGUGGACCAUUUUAGUCAAUAUUUGUUUUUCCUUAAUUGGCAUUGCUGACUGAAUCAAUUUCUUUCCUGAAAAUACACAUGGUAAAAACUAUGAUGAUGAUAAUUAUUUCACAGCGCUGACAGUCCGCUUCUUAACUAGAAGAUUCAUUGGAGAAUAUGGGGAUAUUGGUAAGUUUAGUUUGUCUGUCAUCACCAGCUAUUGUAAUAUCAAGUAAACAUUUUACUACUGUAUACUGUACAACUAAAUGAAUACUUACGUUAAUUCCUUUCAGAAUCAAUCUACAGCCACAAUGUUGUUGUGGAAAGAAGGGACAUAACUUUUAACAUCUGGGAUUCACCAUAUUAUCAGGUAUUACAAAACGUUAACAUUUAUUCUGUUUCAUGUGCUAUCAUAAUGAUGUCUGAUACUGUAUUUUGGUUUUAUAUGGCAUUGGGCAAAGCUACUGUAUUCAGUCUUCUGAAAUGACUGCAGGCAUUGAGCAUAUUUGGCAACUUAAACAGAGCACUUCAGUUACUCAUAGGCUACUUUAUAAGUGCCUGUAUGGGACACAGAUUUAUGAUACUUCCAUUUCCCCGUACUGCAGUGAGUAUUACUGCCAAGAAGUGCCUGGUUGUCUUCGACAUGAAUCCCAUUUUACCAGUGGUGGAAAAAGUACCAAAUUGUCAUACUUGAGUAAAAGAUAAGAUACCUUAAUAGAAAAUUACUCAAGUAAAAAGGAAAGUCACCCAGUAAAAUACUACUUGAGUAAAAGUCUAGAAGUAUUUGGUUUUAAAUAUACAGUACUUAAGUAUCAAAAGUACUGUAAUUGCAAAAAUAUACUUAAGGAUCAAAUUACUUAUAUUAAGCAAACCAGAUGACACAAGUUUCUAGUUUUUUAUUUAUUUAUCGAUAGCCAGGGGCACGCUCCAACACUUAGACAUCAUUUACAAACGAAGCAUGUGUGUUUAGUGAGUCUGCCAGAUCAGAGGCAGUAGAGAUGACCAAGGAUGUUCUCUUGAUAAGUGCAUGAAUUGGACCAUUUUCCUAUCCUGCUAAGCAUUCAAAAUACUUUUGGGUGUCAGGGAAAAUGUAUGGAGUAAAAAAUACAUUAUUUUCUUUAGGAAUGUAGUGAAGUAAAAGUUGUAAAAAAUAUAAAUAGUAAAGUGCAGAUACCCCAAAAAACUACUUAAGUAGUACUUUAAAGUAUUUUUACAUAAGUACUUUACACCACUGCAUUCUACUAGCACCCUGCAGGGCCACAGUGACUGGACAUCAUGUCUAUCAGCCCAGAGAAAUAGGGCUUACAUGGACUAACUUAUCCCACGAUUGGUCCUUUCCCAAUACAAAAUCUAUCACUCUUUGAUCCAAGCAAGCCUUUAUCAAUUGUAUAUAUUAUUUUCCACUUUUCCAGGACCUGUCCAUGGAGACCUCCCUAUAUAAGAAGAGAGUCCAGUGGGCAGAUGGUUUUGUCCUGGUCUACAGCAUCUGUGACAGGGCCAGCUUCAACGCUGUCACCAAGCUGAUCCAGUCCAUCAAGGCCACCAAGGACUACCUGGGCAUGGACAAGGUGCCCAUAGUGAUCGUGGGCAACAAGAGGGACCUGAAUCACAGACGGACAGUCCUCAGUGAGGAGGGCAGACUGCUCGCCCUCACCACAGCCUGCCAGUUCUAUGAGGUUACAGCUGCUGAGAACUACCACAGUGUCCUCAUGGUGUUUCAUGGACUAAUAGACAGGAUACGGGAGUCCAAGUCAUCCAUUAAGAAGCCAGCUGGAAUCAAGGGUAUAGUGAAAAGCAUGUCUGCAGUUUUUGCCAGGAGAUGGACAGAUACGCUGUGA